GAUAAUGAGUAAAUAGAAAAACAAUUUUUUUUCCCGAUUUCUUUUUUUCUCUCUCCCGACUCUCUCUCUCUUUCUUUUCUUUCGUGAUACUUCCCUCUCUCUUAAAUCCAAAGAAAUCAUUGAACAAAUCCAUAGAAAUCAUUGCAAGGCCAUGCCUUUUUACGGUCCUAAUUCUCAAGGUGGUUGUCGUGUGGGAGGUUUCUCCUCCGGUCGCGGUGGUGCUCAUCGUGGUGGAGGACACGGCGGCGGUGGUAAUCGUGGCAAUGUGGUGGCGGUCGUGGGGAACAUCGCUGGUGGUAUCCGCGAUUUUGUAUCUCAAGCAACAUUCUUGAAAGAUUCGUCGCUUAUCCUUGAGGAGGAUGAAGAAAUUGAAGAGCAACAUAGGAAAGCAUUAGAGGAGUUUCCUUCUGAUUUUGCAUAAGAUGAGGUUAGUAUAGACUACUGGUGAUUGCUUUGAAAGAUGUCUUCAACAGGUCCAUGAGCUCUCUCUCUCUCUCUCUCUAUUACAAUCUCCUAUAUGUCUCCCUCUUUGUUUUCUUCUGAUUUCUUUGACUUAAACCUUUGUAGAGUAAAGAGGCUAGUAGGUAAACAGCUCUAUCGUCAGAGAUGGAGGCUCUUUCCAUCAAUGCACUGAGGCUUCUUCUUUGGCCUCUGGAUUACAACAAGUUUCUUUUCUCUAUAUCUCAUAUGUACUUUUGCUUGCCUAGGAUCCGAAAAAUAAAUUAAGUCAAUGUUGGAGCUAUAAGUUUAGUUGAACUCUUGUCUAGUUUCUUCCGCAUGUUUCUGGAGUUUAGAUGAACUCUCUGCAGCCAAAUUGUUUGCGUCCAU